UAUUUAUUUUCUACAUUUUGCUUUCAAGCUUCAAGCUUGAAUAAUACUGGCAGCUUUGAAGAUAAUACCAUUUACUAGUAAUAAUGGCAGAGCAUUCUUGAUACUGUUAGGCAAGAUUUGGGUGGCAGAAAAAUUGUGACAGGAGAAAGAGAGGGAGAGGGAGAGAGAUAGGGGCAAAUGGGGAAGCUUCUGUGGGUUUUGGUUGCUGUAGUUUUGGUUUUUGGGAAAUGGGUGGGUGGGUUUUUUGAAUUCAAUGAGACGGAGAUAUUUUACACUGGAGCUGAAGCUUAUGGUUAUUUUAAUGAAUCUAAACCCUUUAAUAAUGCUCUCAUGGUUGGACUCACUCUCAUUCAAGGAGCUCGUGGAAGAGGAGCAGUCUGUUUGGAUGGAACAUUGCCUGGCUAUCAUUUGCAUCGUGGAUAUGGUUCAGGAGCUAACAGUUGGCUUAUUCAAUUAGAGGGAGGAGGAUGGUGCAAUAACAUUAGAAACUGUGUUUACCGCAAAAAAACCCGGCGUGGUUCAUCCAGAUACAUGGAAAAGCUGGUGCCAUUUAUAGGAAUUCUAAGCGAUAAGCCUCAAGAAAAUCCUGAUUUUUUCAACUGGAACAGAGUAAAACUCCGUUACUGUGAUGGUGGCUCGUUUGCUGGGGAUAGUGAAAAUAAGGCUGCACAACUAAAAUUUAGAGGACAACGUAUAUGGUUAGCUGCAAUGGAAGAUUUAAUGUCAAAGGGAAUGCAUUAUGCCAACCAGGCUCUUCUUUCUGGGUGCUCUGCGGGGGGUCUUGCUUCAAUUUUACAUUGUGAUGAGUUUAGGAACAUGUUUCCAAGAACAACUAGAGUGAAGUGCCUAAGUGAUGCUGGUUUAUUCCUUGAUGCAGUUGAUGUAUCUGGUGGCCGCACUCUAAGAAAUAUGUACAGUGGUGUGGUGGGCUUGCAGGGGGUGCGAAAUAGCCUGCCACCCAUAUGCACUAACCACCUUGAUCCAACUUCAUGCUUCUUCCCUCAGAACAUAAUCAGCAACGUAAAAACCCCAUUAUUCAUUCUCAAUGCAGCCUAUGAUUCAUGGCAGAUCCAAUCUAGCUUAGCUCCACCAACUGCAGAUCGCCAUGGCUACUGGAGUGAAUGCAGAAAGAACCAUGCAAAAUGUUCAGCAUCCCAAAUUCAAUUUCUACAAGGAUUCAGGAAUCAAAUGCUGCGUGCAAUAAGAGGCUUCUCAAUGUCUAGACAGAAUGGAUUAUUUAUAAAUUCAUGUUUUGCUCACUGCCAAUCAGAAAGGCAAGAUACAUGGUUUGCCGAUAAUUCUCCUGUUCUUAGAAAUAAGGCAAUUGCAAUUGCAGUAGGAGAUUGGUAUUUUGAUCGCUCAGGGGUAAAGGCAAUCGAUUGCCCCUAUCCAUGUGACAAGACCUGCCACAAUCUGGUUUUCAGAUGAGCCAAAUUAAGUAAGCAAUUGAUUUAGCUUAGAUAUCACAUCAUAUAUCUUCCCAUUAUUCUUGAAAAAAGAAUUAUCUGCAAUUCAUUGCCAAUUUACAGAAGACAAUAAGAAUUAGGAUCCCCAAGAAAUGAAAAUUUAUCGCAAGCCUGUGGACAUUGUUGUAGCCCUUCUUGUGCAUAGUAGUUGCAAUUUUUGUCUUCAAUAUGAGCUGUACUGAUAUAUAUUAUAUUUGCAAUGAUGAAUCAAUCAAGUCCAUGAUUUUGAA